GAUUUAUGCUACUGCUUUGAUUGAUUGCCUGCUGUUACUUUCUGUCUGGAGUACAGAACCCCCGUUUCUUUCUUGAACAGAAAAUAAAAGAACUGGCAUUUCGGAAAUUGAGUUGUCUGCAGCAGGGAAAAUAGUUCUCAUAAGUUAGCACAGAAAUUGCUUGCAAACGAAAGUUACUUACACGGUAGAACUUACUUCUCUCACUCUGUUAUUAAAAAUUAUUUGAAUAUUUGAUAGUAAUUUUGGUACUAUGGAGACAUUGGAACAAGCUUUUCGAGUAAACGAUCUGCCGUACUCGGAUGCUUUGGUGGAUUUCAUCACCAAAGCUGCGUCUGUUGGAAAGAAUGACAAGCAGCGCCGCUUCUUGAUUUACAGAGCGCUAGCCAAACAGAUCUUGCACGUGGAAAAAGUUGUUAAAUAUGACCACGCAAAAGUCAUCUGCCUAGUAUAUCCGGCCCCAUUGCUCGAAUACAUUCGUGUGCAGUAUGGCAAUGGGAAAAACAACGGGCCCGGCAAAGGAACACACGAAGUGUCGCUGGCUGAAUUGGCCUCAAUGAACUGGAAGUAGUCGUUUAUUACUCCUUUGAUGUUUUCACCUACUGUGCAUGUCGCUUCUUGCAUUUGUUUGUAUUAGCUAUCAGUUCCUAAACGGCUCCGGUCGUGGUGAAACUGCUACUUCCCGCCGUCUAUCUGCGGGCUAGCUGGCCAGUGGUCACUCACUACCUUCUUAUUGCUGCCUGCGCCAUAUGUUUGUUUCAGACUGCGCA